AGAGUGUAAAUACAUAUACUUUGAAAUGAACUGGUUGACUUUUCUGAUUAUCAGACAUAUAUGAUACUAUAUGUCAAUAAUUUUAGGACGUGGAUACAGGUACCCAUCAUUCCUUGUUCAACAUAAACAAUAUGGUGGAAGUGAAGGAAAUUUGAAAUUGGCUAUAAACACAAAGAUAAAAAUGAGUCGUCAGCUUGGGAAGCAGCGUGCCAUGAGUGCGGGACCAGAUGCCAAGGUUGCCAGACAGAUGAUGGCACAGUUGAGGCAGGAGCUACUGGAGUGCAAAUCAGAAUUACAGAAGACCACCGACCAGCUGAACUGUUUAGUUAUGCUGGUAAAGAGGGCAUGGACCGGGGACAAAGCUGCAGCAAUACAUGUAGCUAAUGUGGUUGGCGUGGCACCUCCUGACUUUGAAGGAAAGGAAAAUAACACAAUUACACCAAAACCCAAGACCAGGUCCCUCCAGAACUGGGCCUUGCUGACCAUAGGGCUGCUGCAGAGGGAAUACAAGGCACUGGAGAGAGAGGUCCAAGACAGGCAGAAGAUCUUCUUUCAGAGUCGACAGGGUUUUCUGGAGGAGCAGCUGAUACAGCACCGUGACAUGCUGGCUGUUGGUAGGGGACGAGAUGGGGGCCACAAACGGACGUCCACCGUGGAGGAAGUGGACAGGUUGUUCUUAAAGAAUCAGAAGAAACCAGACAGAGUGCAGAGUGCCAAGAAGACCAGCAAGCACCUGUACAGGUCACCUCAGAGGGAGGCCGCCUCGGAGGCCGAGCUGACCUGGGCAGACUUGUUCAUUGAACCUGUACAUAACAAAGACACAACUGGGACUGAGGUAGAUGCCAACAAGGACAUGAGUGAGAUCUUCCAACUGACUGGAGAUGGUCAAGAAACUGGCCGUGACGGACCCCUGGACGGCCACCUGCUGAGAGAGGAGAACAGCUGUAGUAGUGUGGACAAUGACCCAGACAGAGUCCACCUGGAUUUAGAUUAUGAUGACCCCCACAGGUAUACACAGUCUGAUCUUUUUGAUAAGAAUGUAUUAGGAGUGAAAAAGAACCGCCCAGUCAGUGCCGUACAGCAAAGGUCAGGGGACGCAAAGAGGGCACGACCCAAAAGUGCAGUGAUAGCCAGAGGAGAACGACCUCUCAAAUAUGUAACCACACGUCCAGUCUCCGCCCAAGUUACAAAUAAACUGAAAAAGGACAAAAUCUCAAACGAGAAACAACAAGACAGCAAAAACAGAAAUGAAAACAAGCCUAGUCCAGGAUCAAAAGACGUUAAAAAAAGGCGCCCGCCUAGUUUAACGGCCGAACAGCUGGCCAUCAUACGAAGGCCCGAGUGCGUGGAUCAGUUCGAAGAGGACGUGAAACGCAUGCACCAGAUGGAGGAGGAAAUAAAGAGAGCCACAAAAACCUUGCAGAAGAAACUGGGGAUAAGUGGGGAUGGAGCCAUAUAAUGGAUGUUACAUGAUGUCCAGUUAUAAUGCAUAUAGAGAACAUGCUAAUUAUAGGCAACUUGAAGUCUAAGUUGUGAGGAACAUUCACAGGGUUAUAGUGAUGUGCAUGAUGACAUUGAUGUGUUCAGUCUAAUGUUAAGAAGAAAUUAUUUACUUUUUAUUUCCUGCAAAACCAAAAAAAAAAAAUGUUUAUUUUAUGGAUUUUAUAAGUUUUAUCAUCCUGGUGCACUUGCACUCAAGUUCUUAGUUGAAGUCAGUCUUCUCCUUUAUUGUCUACCACUUUUAAAACUUUGAUCCGUCCUCAUGUAGAAUAAACAGCUUCUUCAAGUGAAAACUCAGAGACAACCUAGUUAAAUCCUCACAGAUAUUGCCAAUAUGUCAUUUUUUUCAAGUGUUGGCCAUUAAUUAAGAUGUUCUAAGUUGUAAAAUUGCUUGGUUCUGGGGAAAAACAUAUUAAUCAGUGCAUGCUUCCAGACAUUUGUAUUGCUCUGACAUAAUACCAUUGCAUGGUGAAUUCUGUCAAA